AGCCCCAGCUAGCAGCAGCGGCAGUAGUGUGUGCGCGAGAGAGUCGAAGAAAGAUGGCGACGCAGGAGAGCGAAUCAACUAAAUCUACCGUGAGCAACGGCGAGGUAAGCAGCAAUGGAACUGCUGCAACAGACAGCCAGGCUGUACAAACAGCUGGAAAUGCACAGGACCCUCAGCAGCAGCAGCAACAAGCACCUAAUGCAUGGCAAGUUAUUAAAGGAGUCCUCUUUAGAAUUUUUAUAAUUUGGGCAAUCAGUAGUUGGUUCCGCAGAGGGCCGUCCACCCCUGAGCCCAACACACCAGCUGGUGCCCCCAGAGUACCCAGCAGGAACCUCUUCCCCAAAGACACCCUCAUGGACCUGUACGUCUACUUGUCCCAGGAGGAGGUGUUCUCUGACUUCAACAACACAGAUGCCCUGUUCUGGUUCCAAAGGGACCUGGUCUACGGAGACUGGAACACAGGGGAGGAUGGAGAUGGCUGCUACCAGAACUAUAAGGAGUUGGACAUCCCAGAGAAAGUCCAGCAUAACGGCUCCUUUUACAUGCAUAUCUACUUCACAAAAAGUGGAUUCCACCCAGACCCCAAACGCAAGGGACAGUAUCGCAGACUGGCAACAGUUCAUUCAACAAAAAUGUUGAAUAAAUUCAAGAGAAGAAAGUUUCUGAAAACCAAGAACCUGCUCACAGGCGAAACAGAAGCAGAUCCAGAGAUGAUUAAGCGAGCAGAGAGCCACGGUCCGGUGGAGAUCAUCUCCCACUGGCAUCCAAACCUCACCAUUAAUAUGGUAGAUGAUCACACAGCCUGGGUAAAAGGCUCUGUUCCACCUCCGCUAGACCAGUAUGUUAAGUUUGAUGCAGUUAGUGGCGACUACUACCCCAUUGUAUAUUUCAAUGACUACUGGAACCUUCAGAAAGACUAUUAUCCUAUCAACGAGACCCUGACUAAACUCCCGCUGCGUCUCAACUACUGCCCGCUGUCUUUGUGGCGCUGGCAGCUGUACGCUGCUCAGAAUGCUCGCUCUCCUUGGAAUUUCCUCCCAGAGGAUACCUAUGAGCAGUCUGAUGAAGACCAAGACUCUGUUAAGGUUGCUCUUUUGGAAACAAACCCGUACCUGCUGGGAGUCACCAUUAUCGUCUCCAUUGUGCACAGCAUCUUUGAGUUUCUUGCUUUCAAAAAUGAUAUCCAGUUUUGGAACAGCAGGCAGUCCCUUGAAGGCCUUUCUGUGCGCUCCAUUAUAUUUGGAGUGUUUCAGUCACUUGUUGUUCUGCUCUACAUACUGGACAACGAAACCAACUUUGUGGUGCAGGUCAGCGUCUUCAUUGGUCUGCUUAUUGACCUGUGGAAAAUCACCAAGGUCAUGGAUGUCAGGUUGGACAGAGAGAAUAAAAUUGCAGGGAUCUUCCCAAGAUUGGUUUUCAAAGACAAGUCAACAUACGUGGAGUCUUCAACCAAAAUCUAUGAUGAUAUGGCCUUCAAGUACUUGGCCAGGCUGCUAUUUCCUCUGUUUGGCUGCUAUGCCAUCUACAGUUUAAUUUACGUAGAGCAUAAAGGCUGGUACUCGUGGGUACUCAGCAUGCUUUACGGCUUCUUGUUAACCUUCGGUUUCAUUACGAUGACGCCACAGCUGUUCAUCAACUGCAAAAUGAAAUCUGUAGCUCACCUCCCAUGGAGGAUGCUCACUUACAAGGCUCUCAAUACCUUUAUUGAUGACCUGUUUGCCUUUGUGAUCAAGAUGCCCAUGAUGUACAGGAUAGGAUGCCUCAGAGAUGAUGUGGUGUUCUUCAUCUACCUUUACCAGCGCUGGAUCUAUCGGGUCGAUCCCAACAGGGUCAAUGAAUUUGGCACCAGCGGAGUUGACUCCACUCAGAACAACACAGCAGACUCUGCCGGUGCCAUCACAGACAAGCCAGAAGGGGAGAAGAAGAAUGAUUAAGCGAGACCUUUCACUUAUCCCCCCGCCCCACACACACCUGUGGCCCUGACUGUUGGGGCAAAGAGAACUUGUGGAAGUUGAGCAGGAAGCGGGGUGGGGCUCAGUGGCCAAUUAUUUGUCAUGGAAGCCACAACAAAAAAAUAACGAGAAAAAAUAGCAGUUUACCUGUUCGUUCUCUUUCUUUGUGGCUCCACAGAGGAAUAUAUUCAGUGUAGACUUGGUAAAUUAUUUUUUCUGUUCCCCACCCACCCACCCCCUACCCUCUCUUUCUGCAGUUCAAGUGAAGUAAAACAAAACGUGAUGUUCUGUAUUCUGUAAGAUUUGAUUUCAGAGGGUAACAGUCUCUUGGCGUUGAUGUUGUGAGGGGAACAGGUCGCAGAAACUUUUUUUUUUAAUGAAUACAGGCCAAGUGCGACUUUGGUUCUUCAUGUCGAUUCCAUGUGACAUUUUCUUUUCAUUCCAUUUGAGCGCCGUGUUUUGGGUUGCCUGGAAACUGGUGUGUAGUGCUGGAGGAAACUGGAAAGAUCCUGAGUCACACUCAGAGACGGGAUGGACGACCCUGCAGGGCACUACCCACGAGACAAUGACUACUACACUCAAUUUUAACAACGGUUAUUGUUCUAGACUUGAAUGAGAAAAAGAUAACAGCCUUGUUGGUAUUAAUAUAAGUAUAUGAUGUCAAUAACUUAAUUUUUGUUUUUCAGUCACUAAAACAUUCUUUCGUAUGUCCUCAAACUGUACAGACUUAUGUUAAUAAUUCCUGUGAACUCCGUUUAACAGUUGGCAAUUUACAAAAUCUGAUUAUUUUCCCCUCAGCUCACCGUCUUGUUUUUAAAUCACCAACACACUC